AUGGGCAGGAGGACUCAGGCGCGCGCGAGCGAUGACCUGGUGAUGACGAUCGCGUCCGAAGACGAGCUGUCAGAUGGAGAGAACAGCGCGGACUCUGGAGAGGAGCAAGAAGCGGAGAUCCAGGGCAGUCACAGUCAGCAGCAGCAGAAGACGGAGCAGCAAAACGAGUGCGAGAUCGCCGAAGACUUUGAGUUUGACGACGGCGGUGGCGGUUUCUGUGCUUCUAGUGGCAGUUCGUGGGACUUUACAACGGCCAUUUCACGUAUCGACGAGAUGGAGAGCGGCGUCUUGAAGCGCACGUCGAUCCAGACAAAGAUUGAUAAAAGACGACGAGAGAAGGAGGACCUGAAGAAGAAGAAGAAGAAGAAGAAGGAGCAGAAGGCUGGUGGAGAGAGUGAGGAUGCUGAGGAAGAGGUGGAGACGGAAGGGUCCAGUGAUAGUGGAGACGAGGCCGAAGAGAGACUUACUGACACUGGGGAGCAGCGCGGAGGAGAAGAAGAGGACGAUGUGGUGGAGGAAUCGCGCUUGCAGACGGCGCUCAAGGACAACAAGAAGGAUCAGCAGGCGAUUGACAAGAUGGUGGACGCGCUGGAAACGAAGAAGGCUGCCGCGUUUUUCGAUUCGGACCCGUUUGCAGCACAGGAGUUUGCCAAGACGAAGUUUGAAACGUUUGCAGACUUGAAGCUGUCGCGGCCACUCAUGCGUGCGAUUGCGCACGUGGGCUUUGAGAAGCCAACUCCGAUUCAGCAGCGAGCGAUCCCUAUCGCACUCACGGGCAAAGAUAUCUGCGCGAGUGCCCAGACAGGCAGUGGUAAGACUGCUGCUUUUUUGUUACCUAUCUUGGAGCGUCUUCAGUUCCGCUCGCGUCGUGUGCAGUCGACACGUGUGAUGAUUAUUUGUCCUGUACGUGAGCUUGCAACGCAAUGUCAGUCAAUGUUUGAACAGUUGGCGCGUUUCACCGACAUUACGAUCUCGUUAGCAGUGGGUGGGUUGCCGCUCAAGGCCCAGGAAGCUGAAUUGCGCAAUCGUCCGGAUGUUGUGGUGUGCACUCCGGGUCGUAUGAUUGAUCAUUUGCGUAACUCCAAGAGCGUUCACAUGGACGAUCUGGAGAUUCUGGUGCUGGACGAAGCGGAUCGACUGCUUGAGCUGGGGUUCACGGACGAAGUGCUGGAGCUAGUUCGUAUGUGUCCUGUGCAACGCCAGACAAUGCUUUUCUCUGCGACGAUGACGUCGAAGGUCGACCAGCUGAUUGGUCUCUCGAUGAAGCGUCCUGUGCGUAUCAGCACGGACCCAUUGUUCGACAUGGCUAAGCACUUGGUACAGGAGUUUGUGCGCAUUCGCCCCAAUCGUGAAGACGAUCGUGAGGCAAUUCUCCUGGCACUGUGUACACGUACGUUCCGCACGAAUACGAUUGUGUUUAUGGAGACCAAGUCGCAUGCGCACCGAAUGAUGAUCAUCUUCGGUCUUGCUGGUAUUAAGGCUGCUGAACUGCACGGCGACUUGCUGCAGAGAGACCGUCUUGAGGCGCUGCAAAAGUUCCGUGAUGGCGCUGUCGACAUCCUCCUGUGUACUGACAUCGCAGCCCGCGGUAUCGAUGUACGUGGGGUGCACGCUGUCAUCAACUAUGAGAUGCCAAAGGACAUCACGACCUACGUCCACCGUGUUGGUCGCACAGCUCGAGCUGGUCGCAACGGUCGUGCUGUCACGCUUACGAGCGAGUCACGUCGCUUGGUGAUGAAGCAGGUGUCACGGCAUUGCAAUGGAUUCGUCAAGUCCCGUGCUGUUCCUGAUCCUGUGAUUGCACAAUGGAAGGCCCGCAUUGAGAGCAUGCAGGAGGACGUGAAGCUAGUGAUGCACGAUGAGACUUUGGAGAAGCGCGUGCGUGAAGCCGAAAAAGAGGCCACCCGUGCUACGAAUAUGCUGCGGCACCGUGACGAGAUUAUCUCCCGUCCUGCACGCACGUGGUUUAUGUCUGAGAAGGAAAAGAAAAACGUGAACAAGCGGGCUGAUGAUGAGUCUCGUGCCCACGAGAAUGCGUUGAAGGAAGGAUCGAAGACUGAUGAUCCCGUAACGCGCGCGAAGAAGCUCAAGUUAAUGAGCCACAAAAAGCGUCGACUGUUUGAGAUCCGGGAGCGUGAAGAACGGAUGCUCGCGGACGCGAACCGUGACGAGGAGGGCAGUGGUAAAGACAGCAAAACAGCUGCAGUAUUCACGUCGACACACGUCGCUGGUGCUGCUAAGCGCGCCAAAAAGGUGCAGCAGGAGUCUACACGCUCGCGCGAGGAGGAGUCAAUUGCAGAGAUGCACGAGCGAAAACGUCUCCGACGUGAGAAGGCUCGAGCAGCUCGAAGUAGUCACGGGUCGGGGGCGUUUGAUGUUGACAUGACACGUGACGAGGCUUCAAAGCCUAGGAAGCAGCGGGAUGCUGGCGCUGGCCACAAGUCGUUCGAGUUCAAGGAGAAGCUCACGGACUACAAGAAACACGCCAAGAAGAGCUCGAGCUCGUUCAAGUCCAAGGCAAAGUACAAGCGACGCAAGUAG